AGCCAAAACGGAAAAAGAAGGAUGAUGAUGAGGAUGAUGAGGAUGGAGGUCUAAAGGAGCCCAAGAGCUCGGCACAGCUCAUGGAAGAAUGGGGCCUGGACGACGUAGAUUACGUGUUCUCGGAAGAUGACUACCACACUCUGACCAAUUACAAGGCUUUCAGCCAGUUUCUCAGGCCUCUCAUAGCCAAGAAGAACCCCAAGAUCCCCAUGUCCAAGAUGAUGACGGUGCUCGGCGCCAAGUGGCGGGAGUUCAGCGCCAACAACCCGUUCAAGGGCAGCUCGGCGGCGGCGGCGGCAGCGGCRGUUGCCGCYGCGGUGGAGACAGUGGCUGUUGCGGCCCCGCUCGUGGCCAGCCCUCCGCAGCCCGCCUUGCCCACCGUCAUCAGGAAGGCUAAGACCAAGGAGGGCAAAGGCCCGGGUGUGCGGAAGAAGGUCAAGGGCUCCAAAGAUGGGAAGAAAAAAGGAAAGGGGAAAAAGAUGGCAGGCCUCAAGUUCCGCUUCGGAGGAGUCGCCAGCAAGAGGAAAAAGAGCUCGUCCAGUGAAGAGGAGGAACGGGAAGAGUCUGACUUUGACAGUGCCAGCAUCAACAGCUCCUCAGUGCGCUCCGAGUGCUCAGCGGGCCUGGGGAAGAGAGGGAAGAGGAGGAGAAAGAAAAAGAGGACCGAGGAGGGCGACGGCUACGAGACGGACCACCAGGACUACUGCGAGGUGUGCCAGCAGGGCGGCGAGAUCAUCCUGUGCGACACGUGCCCGCGCGCCUACCACCUCGUCUGCCUCGACCCUGAGCUCGAGAAGGCCCCCGAGGGCAAGUGGAGCUGCCCGCACUGCGACAAGGAGGGCAUCCAGUGGGAGCCGAAGGAGGAGGACGAGGAGGAGGAGGACGAGGAGGGCGCGGAGGAGGAGGAGGAUGACCACAUGGAGUUCUGCCGUGUCUGCAAGGACGGAGGGGAGCUGCUGUGCUGCGACACRUGCCCGUCCUCCUACCACCUGCACUGCCUGAACCCGCCGCUGCCGGAGAUACCAAACGGUGAAUGGCUCUGCCCGCGCUGUACAUGCCCUCCGCUGAAGGGCAAGGUGCAGCGCAUCCUGCACUGGGCCUGGAGAGAGCCGCCCGCGCCACUGCCCGCGCCGCCGCUGCCCGGCGCCGAGCCGCCCGCGCCACUGCCCCGGCCGCUGGAGGGCAUCCCUGAGCGCGAGUUCUUCGUCAAGUGGGUCGGCCUCUCCUACUGGCACUGCUCCUGGGUCAAGGAGCUGCAGCUCGAGCUCUACCACACCGUCAUGUACCGCAACUACCAAAGGAAGAACGACAUGGACGAGCCGCCCGCCUUCGACUACGGCUCUGGCGACGAGGACAGCCAGAGGGAGAAGCGCAAGAACAAGGACCCACAGUUCGCCAAGAUGGAGGAGCGGUUCUACCGCUACGGCAUCAAGCCCGAGUGGAUGAUGAUCCACCGCAUCCUGAACCACAGCUUUGACAAGAAGGGAGAUGUUCAUUAUCUGAUCAAGUGGAAGGACCUGCCCUAUGACCAGUGCACCUGGGAGAUUGACGACAUUGACAUCCCGUACUAUGAAAACCUCAAGCAGCUCUACUGGAACCACAGGGAGCUGAUGCUGGGGGAGGACAUGCGCCCGCCAAAGAAGCUGAGCAAGAAGGGAAAGAAGCUGAAAGAGGAGAAGCUAGAGAAGCCCCCUGAAACUCCCCUUGUCGAUCCCACAGUGAAGUUUGACAAGCAGCCGUGGUACAUCGAUGCCACGGGGGGCACGCUGCACCCCUACCAGCUGGAAGGCCUGAACUGGCUGAGGUUUUCCUGGGCCCAAGGCACYGAUACGAUCCUGGCUGACGAGAUGGGGCUGGGCAAGACUGUGCAGACUAUUGUGUUCCUGUACUCGCUGUACAAGGAGGGCCACUCGAAAGGGCCAUACCUGGUCAGUGCCCCUCUCUCCACCAUCAUCAACUGGGAGCGCGAGUUUGAGAUGUGGGCACCCGACUUCUAYGUUGUGACCUACACGGGGGACAAGGAAAGCCGGUCCGUCAUCAGGGAAAACGAGUUCUCCUUUGAAGAUAAUGCCAUCCGGAGUGGAAAGAAGGUCUUUCGGAUGAAGAAGGAAGCCCAGAUCAAGUUCCAUGUCCUGCUCACGUCCUAUGAGCUGAUCACUAUUGACCAGGCGGUGCUGGGCUCGAUCGAGUGGGCCUGUCUGGUGGUGGAUGAAGCGCACAGGCUGAAGAACAACCAGUCCAAAUUCUUUAGGGUAUUAAAUAGCUACAAAAUCGAUUACAAGCUGCUGCUCACCGGGACUCCCCUGCAGAACAACUUGGAAGAGCUCUUCCACCUGCUCAAUUUCCUGACUCCAGAGAGGUUUAAUAACCUGGAGGGCUUCCUGGAGGAGUUUGCMGACAUCUCCAAGGAGGACCAGAUCAAGAAGCUGCACGAUCUGCUGGGUCCGCACAUGCUGCGGCGGCUCAAGGCAGACGUGUUCAAGAACAUGCCCGCCAAGACCGAGCUCAUCGUGCGCGUGGAGCUUAGCCAGAUGCAGAAGAAGUACUACAAGUUUAUCCUGACAAGGAAUUUUGAAGCCUUGAAUUCCAAAGGUGGUGGGAACCAAGUCUCCUUGCUCAACAUCAUGAUGGACCUGAAGAAAUGCUGUAAUCAUCCGUACCUCUUCCCCGUGGCAGCUGUGGAAGCUCCGGUUCUGCCCAAUGGAUCCUAUGAUGGGAAUUCUUUGGUUAAGUCUUCUGGAAAGCUGAUGCUUCUCCAAAAGAUGCUGAAGAAGUUACGGGAUGGCGGGCACAGGGUUCUCAUCUUCUCCCAGAUGACGAAGAUGCUGGACCUGCUGGAGGAUUUCCUGGAGUAUGAGGGCUACAAGUAYGAGCGCAUAGACGGGGGCAUCACGGGAGGCCUGCGCCAGGAAGCCAUAGACAGGUUUAACGCUCCUGGUGCUCAGCAGUUCUGCUUUCUGCUCUCUACCCGUGCUGGUGGUCUGGGCAUAAACCUUGCUACAGCCGACACGGUCAUUAUUUACGAUUCUGACUGGAAUCCCCACAAUGACAUCCAGGCCUUCAGCCGGGCCCACCGCAUCGGGCAGAACAAGAAGGUGAUGAUCUACCGCUUCGUGACCCGCGCCUCCGUCGAGGAGCGCAUCACGCAGGUGGCCAAGAGGAAGAUGAUGCUCACCCAUUUGGUGGUGCGGCCGGGCCUCGGCUCAAAGUCGGGCUCCAUGACCAAGCAGGAGCUGGACGACAUCCUCAAGUUUGGCACGGARGAGCUCUUUAAGGAUGACGUGGAAGGCGCCAUGUCCCAGGGCCAGCGCCUCGGCGUGCCGGACGCCGUCACCCCUUUCCCCGACACCCUGUCCGCCAAGGGCGGCGCAGCGACCCCCGGCAUGAAGAAGAAGCACGGGGGCACCCCCCCAGGAGACAACAAGGAUGUGGAUGACAGCAGUGUGAUUCACUACGAUGAUGCUGCCAUCUCCAAGCUUCUGGACCGGAAUCAGGAUGCGACUGAUGACACRGAGCUGCAGAACAUGAACGAGUAUCUGAGCUCCUUUAAAGUGGCCCAGUAUGUUGUGAGAGAAGAGGAUGGUGUGGAGGAGGUAGAACGUGAGAUCAUCAAGCAGGAGGAGAACGUAGACCCUGACUACUGGGAAAAGCUGCUCCGGCACCACUAUGAGCAGCAGCAGGAAGAUCUGGCCAGGAACCUGGGGAAAGGCAAGAGAAUUCGCAAGCAGGUCAACUACAACGAUGCCUCGCAAGAGGACCAAGAGUGGCAGGACGAGCUCUCUGACAACCAGUCUGAGUACUCCAUCGGCUCUGAGGAUGAGGAUGAGGACUUUGAAGAGAGACCAGAAGGUCAGAGUGGCAGAAGGCAGUCCCGGCGACAGCUGAAGAGCGACCGCGACAAACCUCUCCCUCCCUUGCUGGCGAGAGUCGGGGGCAAUAUCGAGGUUCUUGGCUUCAACGCGCGUCAGCGCAAGGCGUUCCUCAAUGCCAUCAUGCGGUGGGGCAUGCCCCCCCAGGACGCCUUCAAUUCGCACUGGCUGGUCCGYGACCUGCGAGGGAAGAGCGAGAAGGAGUUCAGGGCUUACGUCUCCCUGUUCAUGAGGCACUUGUGUGAGCCGGGAGCAGACGGUGCGGAAACCUUUGCAGAUGGCGUUCCCCGGGAAGGGUUGUCGCGCCAGCACGUGCUGACUCGGAUAGGAGUUAUGUCACUAGUAAGGAAGAAGGUCCAGGAGUUUGAACACGUCAACGGGAAGUACAGCACCCCGGACCUCGUUGUCGAAGGCGCAGAGGGCAGGAAGGGCAGCGAGGUGGUUUCCUCGGACCCCAACACUCCCGUGCCAGCCAGCCCAGCGCACGCGCAUGCAGGGCCUGUGGCCCCUGCAGAGAAAGCCGAAAUUCAACUGGGCUUCCAGGACGAAAAGGAUCAAGUGGAGCAGAAGUCCAAGAAGGUGCCCGAGAGCCAGGUGCCCGCAAGUGCCGAGAAGGUGGAAAGGGAAGAACACCUAGAAGGCUUUGACAGCAAGGAGAAGACAGAAGAGAAGCAAGAGGAGAGCGGGGGGGCUGAGCCUUCUGCGGAGCCUCCGGGGAGAGAUGAGGCGAUUAGAGAAAAAGAGAAGCCCCUGGAGAAGUCGGAGUUGAGCAGCAGCCCAGAGGAUGCCAAGGUGGAAGAGAAGGAGCAGAAUGAGACUCAACAAAAUGGUGAAAAAGAGGAAGAAGAGGAAGGAAAGAAGGAAGAGAGGAAUGCAAACUUCAGAUUCAUGUUCAACAUUGCAGACGGUGGCUUUACAGAGUUGCACACGCUCUGGCAGAACGAGGAAAGAGCUGCCAUCUCCUCUGGCAAGAUCUACGAUAUCUGGCACCGGAGACACGACUACUGGCUGCUGGCGGGAAUUGUCACGCACGGCUAUGCCCGCUGGCAGGACAUCCAGAACGACCCGCACUAUGUCAUCCUGAACGAGCCCUUCAAGUCCGAGAUACACAAGGGGAACUACCUGGAGAUGAAGAACAAGUUCCUUGCACGGCGCUUCAAGCUGCUGGAGCAGGCGCUGGUGAUAGAGGAGCAGCUGCGGCGGGCUGCGUACCUCAACAUGACUCAAGACCCCARCCACCCRGCCAUGGCCCUGAACGCGCGUCUGGCUGAGGUGGAGUGCCUUGCCGAGAGCCACCAGCACCUCUCCAAAGAGUCCCUGGCCGGCAACAAGCCCGCCAACGCCGUGCUGCACAAAGUGCUGAACCAGCUCGAGGAGCUGCUGAGCGACAUGAAGGCCGACGUGACGCGCCUGCCCUCCAUGCUGUCGCGCAUCCCGCCCGUGGCCGCCCGCCUGCAGAUGUCCGAGCGCAGCAUCCUGAGCCGCCUGGCCACGCGGGGAGGAGAGCCCGCCGUGCAGCAGGGCUCCUUUGGCUCCUCCCAGAUCUACAGCAACAACUUUGGGCCAAAUUUCCGAGGUCCGGGGCCUGGUGGGAUUGUCAACUACAGUCAGAUGCCUCUGGGACCCUACGUGACCGAUAUUUAGCCGUGUCCAAGAUUUCCUUCUGCAGUUCUCAUYUCCACCUGAGCCUCCGAUGCUCCAGCGGAGCCUGGCCACGGAUACGCGCGGAAGACGAGCUCUGCUCCCGCCAUGCCGGCCUCCUGCGUGCCCGCCGCGCCUGCCCACGACAAGACCGGCUCCAGGGCAUCUCAUUCCCUUGUACAUUUUUUGCACUUUCUUAUUGAAGACUUGAAGAGUUUGUCUGGAAGAUGUGGGAUCAAGUAAGAAGGGAUAUGGAGAAUCAGUAUUUAUGUCUGUUUUUAUGGAGACGUGUCGGGUUUAAAGGGAGACCUGGUGGAAGCGCUGUUCUCGUGCAGUUACUCGCCGCUGACCGUGAGGAGCUCGCCUCCGUUCUGUGUAAUCCUCCUUUUUGUCCGUUUUGUGCUGGAGCGAAUGCAUGUGCCCCGCGAGCCCCGCGGCCGCCCGGCCGGGCGCCCCCCACGCUCUGGCCCGACGUGGACCCCGUUCCCGGGGCGCUGCGGCCCCCUGCGCCCCUCUGCUUCCCCAGUGCUCGUCUCGUGUCCCCAUGGGAAGGGCGCAACGGGGCCGGCCUCGGGAGCGGCUCCCACACCGGGGCCUGCAGGGCUUUCCACAGGGAGCAGGAUUCGCUCCCGGCACGGCCGGGAACACCUGGGCCAUGCGAGUGGCGCCAGCAGCUCCCUGGAGCUCCCRGCUGGCCGCCGCUCCGGAGGCUUCGGGAGAGCCCCGGGGCAGCGCUCGGGCACGAGCGGCCCUGGAGCGUGUGGGGAUGGUGGUGGCGGGUCUGGCCCCUGCCCCAGCGCWGGGACUUCAGCACCACGGCUUGUGGCCCUGUAGCCAACGCAAUCACAUUUACUUUGUACUCUGUGUGUUUCUGU